CACUAUUUGGAUAACCCUUGCUCAGGCACCACAGCUCAGGCUUGCGUUGCAAGGCUAAUAUUUACCUAUGGCCUAAACAAAGUCAGCAUUUCAGAACUUUGCUCAAAAUGCUGCAUAAACCUGGGCUGUUUCCUUGAACUUGUCUCAGAGAAGGGAAGAACUUGUGUCUGUACCUGUGCAGGCUGUUCUCAGGAGGGAACAAGCUGGAAGAAAAUGAAGGGUCUCAGCAGCUUCCUGGUUUUGUUCCUCAUUUCUGGAGUGGGGGGCUUUGACCUGGUUAUCGACGACAUCCCAGAUGAAAUGCAAAACCUGAUUGAUCUGGAAAUUGAUGGAUUUCCCUCAAGCUCCAAGGCGAGAAAUGGCAGGUACCAGAGGAGCACAUCUGACUGGGGGUACGUUGGUGAUCUGGUGGAGGAUGAUGACAAGAUAGGCCUUUACAGCUACAAGGUGCAAUCCACCAUCACAUCUCGGCUGGCCAACACCAUGAUCCAAGCCAAGAUGGUGAACAACGCCAGGCGGCCGCAGCCCAUCGUGUUUGAUGUGCAAGUCCCCAAAGGAGCUUUCAUCGACAACUUUACCAUGGAUAUCAAUGGUAUCACAUUUACCAGCCAUAUUCGGGAAAAAUCUGAAGCCAGGAAAAUGUACGCUCAAGCAAAAGCCAAAGGCAAAGCUGCAGGAAUAGUCAGGAGCAAUGCCUUGGAUAUGGAGAACUUCCAAACCGAAGUGAAUGUCCCCCCAGGAAUGAGGAUCCAGUUCCAGCUUCACUACCACGAAAUGAUCCGAAGAAAGCUGAGCUCCUACGAGCACGUCAUCUCUGUGAAGCCAGGACGCCUGGCCAAGCACAUGGAGGUGGAUGUCCGCAUCAUUGAGCCGCAGGGGCUGCGCUACGUGCACGUUCCUAAUUCACUGGGAGAUCAUUUCGAUGGAAUCACCACCAUCUCCAAGGGGGAGAAAAAGGCUCACGUUUCUUUCAAGCCCACAAUGGCUCAGCAGAGAAAAUGCCCCAAGUGCUCGUCCACGGCCGUGGAUGGAAAUUUUGUGGUGCAGUACGAUGUGAACAGAGAAACCACGGGGGGAGAACUGGAAAUUUUUAAUGGCUAUUUUAUUCACUUCUUUGCUCCGGAAAAUCUUGAUCCGCUGCCCAAGAACAUUUUAUUUGUUAUAGAUGUCAGUGGCUCGAUGUGGGGAAUAAAAAUGAAACAAACCAUCGAGGCCAUGAAAGCCAUCCUGAGUGAGCUCCGUGCUGCUGACCAGUUCUCCCUGAUCGACUUCAACCACAACGUGCGCUGCUGGAGGGACAACCUGGUCUCAGCCACCCCCUCGCAGGUGGAAGAUGCUAAGAAGUACAUCCAGACAAUCCAUCCCAACGGGGGCACAAAUAUCAAUGAAGCUCUUCUCCGAGCCACUUUCAUCCUGAAUGAAGCCAAAAGUUUAGGCAUGUUGGACCCAAACUCAGUUUCCAUGAUUGUAUUGGUGUCUGAUGGAGACCCCACAGUAGGUGAGCUGAAGCUGACAACCAUCCAGAAGAACGUGAAGCAGAGCAUAAAGGAUGAAUUCUCUCUCUUCUGCCUUGGGAUUGGGUUUGAUGUAGAUUACGAUUUCCUGCAGAGAAUCGCAACCGACAACCGUGGCAUGGCCCAGAGGAUUUUUGGAAAUCAGGAGACUUCUCUCCAAAUGAAGAAUUUCUACAACCAGGUCUCCACCCCUCUCCUGAAGAAGAUUCAGUUCAACUACCCCCAGGAGUCAGUGUCAGAUGUCACCCAGAGCAGCUUCCACAACUACUUUGGUGGCUCGGAGAUCGUCGUGGCUGGGAAGGUGGACACGGAGAACCUGCAGCACUUGGAGAGCGUCGUCACGGCCACUGCAGCAAAUGCAGAGCUCGUCAUGGAAACCCUGAGAGAUGUUGAGGAGCUGGAUGGAUUCAUGAAGAAGGACAAAUACGCAGACCCUGAAUUCACAAGGAAGCUGUGGGCCUAUCUGACUGUCAACCAGAUGAUGGCAGAGAGAAACGCAGCCCCCACUGCAGCUUUGAAGAGGAACAUCACCAAAUCCAUCCUGCAGAUGUCUCUGGACCAUCACAUUGUCACCCCCUUCACAGCUAUGCUGAUAGAGAAUGCUGAGAAGGAUGAGAUAAUGCUGGCAGACCAGCCCAAAGACCCCAGGAAGGGCUGCUGCCCAGGUUCUCUGGGAUUAACUCCAAAUGCACCCAAUAACAACAAAGGGAUCCCACCCUGGGCCAAUGUCACAGCUGUGCCAGUCAGCUUCAUGCCUGAGCAAAGGAGCCCACCUGUGUCCUCUCUGAGCAUCAACAGAGUGGACAAUGACCCACAUUUCAUCAUACACCUGCCCAAGAGCCAAAGGAACAUCUGCUUCAAUAUCAACUCGGAGCCUGGGAAGAUCCUAAACUUGAUUUCUGAUCCUGGCACUGGAGUUGUGGUCAACGGGCAGCUCGUCGGGGCCAAGAAAGCAGAGAAUAAGAAACUCAACACAUACUUCGGCAAAAUCGGGUUUUAUUUCAAAAAGAAAGGCCUGAAAGUGGAGAUCACCACAGAAACAAUAACGCUGAAAGAUGGCUCAUAUGCCAUCACACUGACCUGGGCCGACACAGGGCACAUCAUUCGCAAACAGCUCCUCAUAUCUGUGAAGAAAGAAAGCAACGUUACCAUCACUGUGGGGGAGGAGAUGUCCUUCAUGGUUUUGCUGCACCGCGUGUGGAAGAAACACCCAGUGAAUGUUGACUUCCUGGGAAUCUACAUUCCCCCAGAAAACCAGUUCUCUCCUGCAGCCCAUGGGCUGAUAGGUCAAUUUGCAUCUGAACCAGAAGUGUCAAUCCACCACCAAACACCAGGGCAAGCUCCAGAGAAACCACAAGCCAUCAUGGAAGUGAAGGGCAACAAGUUCACUGUUACCAGGGGCGUGCAGAAGGACUACAGGACAGACCGUGUGCUGGGGACUGACGUGCUGUGCUGGUUUGUGCACAACAGCGGCAAAGGCUUCAUAGACGGCCACUACAGCGACUACCUGGUGCCCCACCUCUACAGCUUCAUGAAGAAACCCUGAAUGCUCCAGUUUAGAACUAGGAAUUCCCAUCUGCUCCUUCAUGCCCAAACAACUCUGAGCAGCAGCUGUCAGCCUGUCACACCUGGGUGACUGGAGGCGACCCCACCACUGUGUGCUUUAUCAGUGUAAAGGCAUGUAAACUCCCUUUUCUGCUGAGAAAUGAAAUCUGUAAUAAAGUGACAUGCUGGGUUGGAGGAGGUGUCUUCCUCUUGCUGUAUCUGAUUUAAUGGGCUGUAAACUCCAUUAAAAAUUUCUACCAUUUUCUAAUAUCCAUUUCAUAGUAGAGGUGUGACAGUGUUGUGGCUCCUGCAGUGUGGGUAACACACAGACCAGAUUUAAUAUGUAUUUAAUACUUACACUUUGUGUUUCCAGACUGCUGGGAAAAUAUAAGUUCGUACAAUCUUGGACUGGGCAAAAAGAAGGAUGUGGAUUAAAUAAAGGAAAUUUAACAGAAAAGGAGCAUGGGUCUGGAAUGGGUAUCAUGAGCAGUCUCCAGUAUUUAAAAAUGGAUUAACCAGUGGUGAGGAGGGUCCUUGAAGUAAUUGUUGCUGCUAUAUUGGCAAGAAAUUUAUUAGAUGAGUCUCAGACAGUCUCCAGCCUUUUUCUGAAAAUUCAGCAUCAGAAGGGGGCUUCACACAGAUACAAAUCUUCGAAAGUGGGAAACAUUCACACUGUAUAGAAAUAAUCAUCUGAAAGUUUCCCUUCCAGGGGGCUUAACUCCCAAGGAGCAUUUAGCAAUGAAUGAGAUCAGCAGUGAAACAAAUACACCUGUGUGUGUACCAAAAGCUGGAUUUAAAUCUCUGCUUUUUGAACACCUUAUUAAAACACAUUGGCCUUAUCCUUUUCAGCAGCCCUAGUCUAGGAAGGGAACUCAAGAAGUCUCCUUGCCCUUCUCAGCUUUGGUUUCCUUCACUUAGGCACUAAAAUCUGGUACAGGAUCUUUCUUGCAGCUGUGUCAGGAUCAAUGUGGUUCUGAAAUGUCUCUUCAACUUCCUACAACUCAUUUAUUGCUUCUUUCCACUCACCCAUCAGUUCUGACCUCCACAACAUCCUGCAGCAGCCACUUCCACAGUUCAACCAAGCAGUGGGUUACCAUUCUCUGGUCUUCUCUACACAACUUAUAACUUGUCUACUAUAUUUACUCUAAUUCAUCAGGUUGCAGAUUGUCAAUAUAAUAAUAAUUAAUAUAUAAUUAUUUUCAGUGAUACAGAAACUCCUCUGUUCUGCCAUUGCCCUCAUUACCCUCUUACAAACCUCCUCUCUCUCACUACCUGUUCUCUGGGACAGGGCAGUGCUGUUCACACAGCCCAGGUUGCUCAAAGAGCCUGAAUUUACAGACAAGUGUUCUCUGUCUCCAGUUUUCCUAACUCUGCACUCUUUAAGCUUGAAAAGACAGCUG